AUGAGCUCUGUUGCACUGAAACUGACCACGCUGCUGGUGCGGCAGAUCGCCAAGCCCAUUGCCAACACGCUGAAGCACGAAGCAAAGAACCACAGGGGGUUCAAGGUGGUUUGUGUGCGCGUUGCGCAGUAUUUCCAUUUCCUAGACGAGAGACUCAAAACCUCGCUCUUGCGCAGUAAAGCACGCCCGGUCCGCCCGCUCAACGAGGCAAAGGCCAUCCAGAACGGAGCAGAGAUCUUGUCGGAAACGUUUAUAUUUAGCGUUGCUGCAGGGGCGCUUCUCUACGAAUCAAAUAGACAGCGGGUCAAAGAGAAUAAUAGAAAGGACGCAAUGGAGGAGGACGUUAGACGACUGGAAGAAGAGAUCACGGAACUGAGAGAGGUGGUGAAAAGGAUGGGCGGGGAAAAGCUUGUGGCGGAUAUCGAGGUGCAAAACAACAAUCCCGAGAUUGUCGUCGCUGUGCCCAAAGGCGACCCGGCCAACCUGGUGGGGGAGAUCAAGCGAGAGAAACAGAUUCUGAGAGAAGAGGAAAAGCACCGGCAGCAGGAGUUGGAGAAGGAGAAGGGAGCGAUAGAUAAGAAGUCCGAACAUAAAUGA